AAGCGCGAGGAAUGCAAAGUCAAUGAAGAUUACGAGAAACUUUAGCAACGUUUGGAAGAAACGAGCGACUCUGCUUCCGCUAGUUUGUGCGCGUGUUUGAUUUGGCGUUGAAGCACGCGCUAGAAGUCAUGUUAGUGUAGGGCUCUCGGUGUGCAGAAGAUUCACAGCUCUUGAGAACAAGCAGCCAACACUAAUUACCCAAUGGCUGAGAACAACUUUCCUCCUCUGCCUGGCUUUAUUCCUCUGAAGCCAUGCUUCUACCAGGACUUUGAGGAGAUUCCUGACCAGCACCGGACCAUGUGCAAGAGACUCUAUCACCUGUGGAUGCUGUAUGGAGUGACUCUGCUGGUGAAUUUCUUCGGCUGUAUGGCGUGGAUGUUUGGAGGGGGAGGAGUCACUAACUUCGGCAUGUCCAUGAUCUGGGUCAUUCUCUUCACGCCCUGCUCUUAUGUGUGCUGGUUCAGACCCAUCUACAACGCUUUCAAGACCGACAGCUCUUUCUACUUCAUGGCGUUCUUCUUCGUCUUCAUGGCACAGCUGUUCAUCGCCAUCAUUCAGGCCAUUGGGAUUCCAGGAUGGGGCGUUUGCGGCUGGCUGGGCACCAUCUCUUUCUUCGGCACGAGUAUCUUCGCCUCCAUCAUCAUGUUAAUCCCCACGCUCAUGUUCACCGCUGUCGCUGCCAUCUCGUUCGUGGCUCUCACGAAGGUUCAUAACUUCUACCGCGGCAGCGGAGGCAGCGUGAGUAAAGCGCAGGAGGAGUGGGUCUCCGGGGCCUGGAAGAACCCUCACGUCCAGCAGGCGGCUCUCAGCGCAGCCACCGGAGCCAUGCAGGGACCCCCGGGGCCCCAGUCACCGUCCUACUCCACUCCCAACUACGACAACGCCGUCUGAAACACAGCCAGACCGCGCCAGAGCAACCAAGCAAGCGAUGCUUGGGAUUUUUAAUGUCUUUUAAAUGUUUGUGUUCUUGUUUUGCUGAUAUUUUGGCCUAUUUGCUCCCAGCUAAGUAAAUAUGUUCUGAGAACGUUUUUCUAACGUUAUGAAAACAUUCCAGUUUUUAAUAAAGCAAUGGUUUGCAGUGAGUUUCUAACAGGAAAGGGGAGGAACAGCAAACCUUCAUGGGGCUUUUUGCUUUUAUAAAAUAUUCUAUAUACUGUGUGUAGCAAGGUUUCAGAAAAUAAAACAAAGCGAAUAAAAUGUAAUGAUUUUAAUAAAAAAGAUUAUUCUACCGCCAAAACAGUUCUUCAGAAUCGAUUGUGGUUGCCGAACGACACACAGACGCAAACAAAGGUGUGUGUUUGUUAUUUACAAACAGCUUCGAACGCAGCUCAACCAAUCAGAAUCAGGGACCGGAACUCUUUUGAAUGUUUAAUUGUAUCGUUUUCCGAACAUUCCACGAACGUUACAUUUCAGUGUUUUCUGAACAUUCUGAAACAAUAAUCAAAAAAUAGACAAACAGCAAACCAAAAUGCUUCAUGAAUUAAACAUUCUAAUGAAUAAUGUAUAAAUAACGUUUGUGUGCUAAUGUUACGAGAACGCUAGUUAAGACCAGAUGCCAGAUUUGAAUGAACACUGUAUUAAUGUUACUGGAAGAAUGUUUCUUCAUAACUUUCAGAGAAUCUCACCACAACGUUUAGUCAACGUUCUGAGAACAUUUCCUGCUAGCUGGGGGGCUCAUAUGUGACUUUAUUAAAUUACAUGAGUUCAUGUGCAUUUCAAUUUGUAAUCAGGCUUCCCGCGGUCAUGGAAAAGUUGGCAAUAUCAGGGAAAUUUAAACACAUCAAAGUUUGUUCUUUAAAAAUAUCAGUCCAGCUAAAAAAAUGUCUGUGAAAUGAUAUUUAAAAAGAUAAAAAAAAUUAUCUUUUAUUUACAAAUGACCAAAAUGUCUAUGCAUUUUUGUCUUGGAUAUAUAUUUUUCUAGUUAUUCUAGUUAUUGUUUUUAAUGAUUUGAUCUUCUAGAAACUGCUCAAGUGAGUGCAGUCUAAAUAUCAAAUAUUAUAGCAUUCAUAAACAAUUAUACAGUUACUGUAUAGAGUGGGUGUUCACGUGUUUUGUGUGUGUGUGUUAGCUGUUCAUUUACACGACUACAGCAUUUCAGAAGCCUAAAAAACAAACACAAAAUGUGCAAAUGCACCGUUCACGGAUUUCUGAAAAGAGUUACAGUAUGCAACCGUAAUACAGUAGAUGUUUAUGUGGGUAUCGUUUUUGAUAACCUAGUUAAAAGAUAAACUUUUCAAGAAGGAUAAAUGUGUCUCUUUUUAGUGCAUCGCUGUUGUUUUAUUUGAGAUAUGUACGUGCUGAAGUGUGUAGCAUGAAGGGCGUCGUUGUUUUGUCUCAUACACGCAUGUUGGAAAACCCAGAUGAAGCUGUCCUGUUUGAAACACACUGAUAAUUUUGCGACUGUAUGUGAAAAAAAGGGAAUUAACUCCAGCUUUCCUUUGAUUUUCAAUGUGAUACGAAGCAAACUGAUCAUUUGAAUUUAAAUAAAUCGCCAACAUCUAUUUGUUCGUUUGUUUUUAAUGCCAUGGAAGCUUCUGUGGCUACCUUUGUGGCCAAGAACAAUCAUUUUAGGUGUAUUUUAGGCUAUGAACUCAAACCAUGUCUGGUUUAAACGUUGCUAAAAAUACAACACGCUGCAUGGAUAGAGCGUUCGUACAGUAAGACACACUAGUAAGUUUGCAUUCGGGCUUCGUCCAGCAGGGCGCAGUCUUGUUCUGUGAGAGAUUUCCAUGCCAUUAUCCUUCCUGGGAUUCCCCAGACACACAUCACCCAACAGCCCCGACUCGCAGAUCGCAAAUGGACAACAACGCCACUUAGUCAGGCUAAUAACUUGAUUCUCGCUUAGAUGCAAAUUUAAGCAGGCCGUCUUUUGGGUGCGGACAUCCGUCGAGCAUGUGUUAGAUUAGAUAGCUGGAGACAAUGAAUGGAUUUGUCUCACGCUCCCUUUCUUUUCUCGUCGUUUGUAUCUCCCUGCGCAGAGCGAUGAUGGAAUCGUUCGCAUUAGAGCUUGACGCUCAGAGCAUCCCUGAAGACGGCGGCGCUACCCACCGCCAUAAAACAUCAGCCACGUCCUCUGCAUUAGCACGGAGAGACACGCUUUGCACUAAGACAGAGGCCCUGCAAUAA